AUGGGGACGGAAUGGUUCUUCUUACAUAAGACCCGGAAGCACGCGAGCAACAUGGCAACGAACGGAGUUCAACUUUCCAUGUGUCGAAUCAGAAAAGUUCUUUCGGGCUGUCAAGGGAAAACAACGAUCGGAAGUGGAUGUAUUAUAACCUGGCCUUUCGAAAGGGAAUCACUAAAUCCAAGUGGAAUACCUAGAGGUAGUGCUUUGAUCACGACAACUCAAGUUGUCACGAAAAACGAUUUGAUCUCACCCAGCACUUCAAUCGUUGUAGAAUGGUUGGACCGAGGAAACUUAUUGCAGUUCAACCUAGGUUUUAAAUAUGCUACUGAUAUUCCUGAUGUCAUACCUGGGAGAGUUCUAGGAGGCACGGGCGACGCACUGAAAGAUGUGGCAUUUAUCGUAAUUCCCGUAGAGAGUUUUGAUACAAGGAGCAAGAUCAAGAGAGCAAUUUCUUUCCUGAAGAGGGUCACCUCUUUUCAGAAUCGGUGCUUGACUUGUAGUCAUCCGACUGAUGAAAGUUUGCAGGCUUCCAUUUCAAGCCGAAAAGUUUUUUGUCACGUGGUACGCGACGGGAGGGAAGAUGGACCCUUCCACACCGAGCCAUACCACCUUGAGUUUGGUAAAGAUAUCAGUGAGUUUGCUCUGACUUCGCCAUUAGAUCACGACGGUGGAGAUGAUGUGAAACAAUUAAAAGAUUUCUGCAAGGAAGAGAAGCCAAGAGGAGGACUUCUUUUGAGUUCUGACGAUCAAUUUGUAGGAAUGCUGGCGAUAGGACACACAGACGAAAGGAAGUUAUUUCCGCUAUUCCUACCAACCCUGGAUAGCAGAGCAGCUCCGCGUGCUCUUCGUAAGUACUGGUGUUAGAAAUUGUAGCAAUUUCUAUUACCCUCGUUUGUUUCAAGUGCUAAUUUUGCCCACACUUUAUUGUUGAGAUCUAUUUUUUGCAUGCUGGUCAUCUUUUUGUCCUAAACAACCUCUCCAUAAGCAUAAUCAACAUGCAGGGGAUUAUAAGGUCGCCAAAGUAUACGUUGCAGGCGAAGUUGUGAACGAAGUGAUAACUCUGGAACUCGGAGCUUAAACUAUCGAUCACACUCGGAGAACCUAGACUCAAAUGGGAAUUUGCUUGCGGGGAAGAGCUGUCACUUCUCCUUAGGACCAGGAUCAACCUCCUUUCUGGUACAGCAGUAGAUAAGGUUGCAAAACUGAACAUUGAGUCAUAUUGUUUUCAACAGCGUUUAUCUUCUUCUUAUGCAUUAACUGGCAUUAACAUUAGCACACGAAGUAAUCACUGAAAUAAUGCAAUGAAUGGUACAAACAGAACAAACUACAAUAGCUCACCCAUAUGAGAUUUCUAUAACCAUUGAGAAGAAAAAAGUACGAUGCAAAUAUAAACAGAAAUCAUCUAGAGCUAAAAGGGUAAUGUCACGAGGAUAUUGCGGUUUUAGGUCAAUUCUCCCAUACACAAAAUAUACUCCUCCGAGUUAAGAAGAAAGUCACUGAUAUCAAACAAAUUUCAUCAGGGAGCACUUCAAGCUUUUUGGUGAUUUUCGGCAGGCGUACAGUAUGUUGCCCAGUAUCCGGACACUUCAGUUUAAAAUUGCAAUAACUUUCCUUUGUUAAUCGCAAGAGCUCUGAAAUUUGGCCCAGAGAAGAUCUAUCUAGUCCUUAAUAUGACGAAAGACAGUUUAACUUUUUUGCCUUUGUUUCCAUCGCGAAAUUAAUAUUUUUGCAGAGCUCCUAUGUUGCCCACUAUCCGGACAGCUGGACCAGUAUCCGGACACAACAAUAAUAACGUAAUUGUACAUAAAUUUCGACAGGCAAGCGACUUAUAAGCUUCUCUUGCACUUGCAAAGUAGUCUGGCAAUCGAUUCCGAAAAUAUAACCUAGCAUCGUGAAAUAAAACAUAACAAAUGACUGGGGUAUGGUGGGGAACGCGAGCGGCUGUUUUAAAAAUGGUAUAAUUUCUCACUUCUUUGUCUAGGAACUUUUCCACUGAUUUAAGGAAGGCAUCCGUGGACAUGCCGAAGCCGCAGUUUGCAAGCUCAAUUAGCCAAUCUGCAAACGACUUUCUUUCUUCAUUUUUUAUUUAAAGAAAAGCUUGGGGAAGGGACCUCAACCCGACGGUCAAAGGUCACUCUCCUAUUUAGUCUGACCUGCAGUGUUGAUUUCUUCAUGCUCAGUCCCCACAAUAAGCCUACUUUUCUAGCACUAAUUCCUCCUUCUUUCACAUCUCUCAAUCCCUUUGUGACAUUUUUUAGACCAUUGCAACCCCAUUCUAGCAGUCCCAACUGGGAAAAGUAUGAGAAUUCCAGGUUCAACUCGGACGCUUUCAGUUAUAUAUAGAAAAUGCAGUCACGCGAAAGAAGCGGCGCACACGAAAUCAAGUCGCCUCUGAAUGAGUGAAGAAAAUUUCCAUACGGAGUUGAGUAGAGUUACAUUUUACGACUAUAUCAUAUAUCCUAAGCUUUAAUUAUAGUCACUGAUAUGAAAUAAAUCUUAUCCGGAGAAUGUACACAGCUAAUUCAUCGAUUGUGUACAGCAAAGAAAAAACUGUCCGGAUACUGGGCACAUGACAUCAAAACUUAGUGAAUGUUUCUGGCUUCCGUUAUUCCAAACAAAUCGAAUUUCAAGGAGAAUUAAUAAACUUUCUGAAAACCUGACUUCCUUAAGUAUCUUCACUUUAAAAAUAAAACAGUUUCUUUGAAAAUAACACACAUUACCCUCCCUUUUCUGACCAGCACUAACUUUACUGCGCAGUAAACAGCGUAAAUAUUAGCCAUGAAAAGUUUAUUCACCUGAACAGAAUGGCGUCUUCUGCGACUGUUUCGCAAGCUUUCAAAUCGCCAAAACUUUCAUCUUAAAGCUGAAAUGUUCAGCUUUCAUUCGAAAUACUUCGUUUACCGAGAGCUGAAAAGGGCGCCUCAAAAAUUGAGUUUUUGUUUCAAGUGUCCGGAUACUGGUACCGUCCGGAUACUGGGCAACAUACUGUAACAGUAAAACCAAGAGAGAGUGAUUCUCAUUCUCUCUUGAUAAAACUAGCAAAAGUUGGCCUAACCGUUUUCAAGUUUCAGUCCAUGUCCAUCCUUAUAACAACAGAUGACAGGAAACUGAUUCAAUGCAUAACUAUAGCCCUAAAUAGCAUAACUGGGCUGUUAUUUUUUGGAAUUCAGCGAUGCAAGGGACGAUUUAGCUUUUCAUAAAGAUAGCAAAUAGCGUGACGUAGUUAAAUAAGAAUUAUACAAAAUAAUCAUCAUUCAGAAAAUUAAUUAUUUUUUAAAAGUCAACAUACAAGUAAUAUGUGUACAAUUGAAAAGAGCAACCGACAAUUAGUUUUGAAUGUCAACGCUGUUGGCUUUUUGAAAGCUAGGUCUAUAAAUUUCAGUUAAGAGUCCUCAUUUUACGUCGGUAGCUCGAAAUAGUCAUCUGACUUACAAACCUUAAGCCGACGGUGCGCUCAUAUUACCCCUCAGCCUCUGUCCAUCAGUACUCCGUUUUACGGCUAUUUAGACGGCCCAGAUGUCAGCCGUAUUUAGAAAGUGUCAUGGCCAAAAAGAAUAAAAAUGCAUCCAAAAUUUUCAAAAGCAAAUAUUAAAACGUUUAAAGAAUGAGAAUGAUCAUCUUCCCGGUAACCUCCUUUUUUCCUGUCGAACUUUGGUAAGCCAAACUCUAAUUCAUCUCCCAUAAUACAUCAGAUAUGCAAAUGACGAAUAAGUACUCUGGAAACUCCAUGGUAAUUAAGGAAUGGCUGGUAACCAUAACUUGAAGCAGCAUUCUUAGAUUCCUAAUGACACGUUUAUUAUUUUUCCAGGAAAGGAAGAGUGGAAUAGCCAAGUGCAGCAAGUGCGUGAUUUUUUGCCGGCCAGCCAUGGAAGCGAAAUUCAACCUCAGAUUAAUAGGUUCGAGCAAACGACCUCAAAUGAAAGAGAAGACGAAAGCAGAAAUAAUAACCAAAAUCUAACGACACACAGUGACCAGAAAAUACAGACAGGAAAUCAAUUUAGCACUUCAGAGGUGCAGAGGAGUGGUAGUACUGCACGUGACAACCCUUCCACCUUGGAGACACCCAUGGAGAACCCUUCACCCACAGCAGCAACGGGCAGCUCAGAAUUUGUAGUUCAGGGGAACGAAGAAGCACUUCUGAAACAACCACCCCAGCGCCGGUUCCAACCAAAUCAAGAAGACGAGAUUGUUGAUGAACGUCGGGUUGGUGAUGGUAGCGAAGAGCAAGAGGAUGAUGAGAACUCGGAGGAAGAGGAAGAAGAAGAAGAAGAUCGUCUCUCCGAAUUGAACGAAAAUGUUCACGGGUCAGACCGGGUAGAUGGGCCAGUCGGAAUCAGACCAAACUUCUUGACACAGAAUUCAUAUCAUGAGGACAACAAUCUAACUGUUGGACCAGAUAACCGUCAGGACGUAGCGGGUAACAAGGAAUUUUUUAGAUACAGCUUCCAUGCAUGUGCAAACUCAAGUAUUUUUCAUUGGACAACCUCGCCCCAAGGCUCUUCUCGUUUUCCAAACUCCAAAAUGAGAAUACCUGGGGGAAUGGAUUGCAGUGGCACAAUAUGAUAAGAUAAUGAGGAGGGGGACAUGGGGGUUUACGGUAUUGCGGUAUUGGGCUUUUUUUCAUGCGGUAUUUCGGUAAUUUUCAUUUUAAAGUGCGGUAUUGCGGUAUCAUCUAGUUCUGCGGUAUGCGGUUUUUCAUCAUUUUGGUUGACGGUAUUCGGUGAAAUAAGAUUGUUCACGGUAUAACGGUACCGUUUAUUUGCGCUUUCAUUUCGAUACAAUACGCAAAACAAAACACAGUAGGACAUAAAGGUCAAUAAAAGUUAAAAUUCAGAAGUCUUGAGACAUAACAGUAAAUGAUUACACCAUUUGUGGGUCAUUUUGUGACAGUUAAUGGUCGAUAAUAUACAAUGUGAUUGUUGCUGCAUCCAAUGAUAAUGAGUCAUCUCAAGUCACCUUACCAGGCUUUUCGAUCUGUGUACUUGAGCCGGUGGUAAUUCGAGGUCUUACACGUUUUCUCACAAUGGCUGAGAUCGCUGAGGUUGAAGGCGGCGUGGUUAUCAUUGACUGUGUGGCAGUUUCUUGGAAGAGGGCGAAGGAGGCUAACAUUAUCGCAACAAGAAUAAGUAUAGAUGUCGGGUUUCGAGAAUUAAAAUUUGGUAAGUUUGCCUCUUACCGGCGCGGCGUGUGAGACAGUCGAGACAGAAUUUUCGAGGCGCAGGAAUUUUUUUUCGUUAUCAAAAUCCUUGUAUGAAUUUUUUUUCAUUUAAUUUUCCCUUGCGCGAAUAUUUUUUUUUGUACUUCGCCCCCCCCCCCCCAAUAAGUUUUCUAAUGGUCAGUCACUUAUCAAAACUCGCACUAGACGUGCGUGGAAAGGGUUUGGAUUGGUUUGUUUUUCGCGCUUUCAAGAGUUAUUUUUAUUGGAGUUAAUUAGCUGUUGGGUCCACCUACCAAAAGGUUGAACGAAUGUAGUUUACUUUUCCGUGAAAAUUUGCGAAAAUUUUGCUAACUACCAAAAUAUUUAAAAAAAAACAUGCACAUCUGGUGCAUAAAUGCCUGAGAUAAGUAAACGUACUAGAUGGAAGCAACCAUAAGUAUGCGGAAACGAUUAUAAAUAUGAUUAAAAUAUGCGGUAUCGGUAUUUGGACAAUUUUCGACGCGGUAUUUCGGUAUUUGCCAUUUUUUCUUACGGUAUUACGGUAUUGGGUACCCCCCAAUGUCCCCCUCAAUGAGUAAGAAACAUUUCUGGUGGGUCCGUCAGUUUAGUCAAAUAUUUAAUGAUAACCAUUUCAAUGGACUGUCAGUAAAAGGUGGUUCGGCACAGUUUUCAGAGUUUCAAAUUUUCAAAGAAGACGAUAUGAUCGUGGCAGUGAUGAUUGCAAUUUAAGGAACUGCAGAUAAACCCGAAAAAAUUUCGGGACUUCAACGGGAGGCCAUGGGUCGAAUCCCGUUGAAUUCUCGAAAUUUUUUUCGGGUUUAUUUGUAAUUGCUCAAAUUGCAAUUAUCACUGCCACGAUCAUAUCUUCGUUGAAAAUUUGUACUUCCGUAGUUCACAUUAUCUUAAGAGUUAAAAAUGUUUGUUAAUCGUUGUUGGAUGUAACUUUUAUAUUCCUACUAGUUGUACUGUCUUAUUAACUUCUUUUACAAUUGCUACUUUCACCUAAUGUUAUUUCUGUUGGUUUCCCACCAAACUAUUUACAGCCCUGCAAUACCAGAGUGGUGAAUUCAGUUGGACUGCCUUCAGUGCGGACGAUCAACCCAAGUCGCAGGAACUUGAGCAUGUUAAUCCAGGUACUUAUUUACUGUUUGAUAAUGGACUGAAAAAAAGUGGCAUUUGAUCCUGUAAAAGCCGGUUGCUCUUUUUUUAGCCCUUGUAAAACACGAUUAUAACGCAAUAACGAGCUCCCGGGUGGGAGAGAGAACUUGGGAACGAGGUUGAGGAAACGUUGGGUAAGCAAAUGACUUGCGCCGUUCUGACGCUUCAGACAAAGAGUAAUCAUAUGACGCUUAAUUCACAAAAAGAGAUCUGACAAAUGAAAGUGACAAUGUCGCAAUUAAAAAAACUCCCAGAUCGGGGUGAUGAGAAGCUUGGCCUGUCGGAACAAGAAUACCGUAUUUCCUCGAAUAAUAGCCGUCCCUCGAUCAAUCACCUCCCUCGAAUAAUCGCCCCCCUUUGAUGGGAAUAUUUAAAAUAAUCGCUUCCCUCGAAUAAUCGCCCCCUCCCCGCCCCUAUCACCAUCUUCUGUUUCUUUUAUCCCCUCAGUGGAAUCUGAUCCAGCAAAACUGAUCAGUGGCGAUUCAAGCUCUGAAAAUUAAUCAAGGAACCAAAUUUGAAUUCUUUAAAAGUCCAUGUUCAGUUUAUUUGAUGUGAUAAUUUUUUGAUUUAUUGGGAUAAUAAAACAAAAUAUUUAGGGCACGACUUCCAGUGUGCAAUAUUUGAAAUAAUCGCCUCCCUCGAGUAAUCGCCUUCCCUCUAAUAGAUUUAGAUUUUUAGAUUUUAUUGUUUUUCCGCUAUUUACAUAUUGAUUACACUGGAAUUUUAAUUUGUAUAAGUACCUUACAGAACAAUGUCGGAAAUAAAGAUAACAAGAAAUUGAGGAAUUAAGGUGUGCGCAGUGACCAAAAUAGCUAAUGCUUUCGAGUUGGUCACCGCCACGUUAAUUGUCGCCGGCUAUUAUUCGAGGAAAUACGGUAUUUACUCGCAUGUUGAAAAAAAAAAAAAACGUCCCCCCGGCACAAAAAACGAAACGCGAGCCCUUCCGCCCCCCUUUUAAGUCCCUCUCCUUUUUACAAAAAACCUUCCGAAAAAAAUUACGCAGAGUGUUUUUCCGGAAAAAAAAAAUGAGUUUUUUUUUUUUAAAAUCGUACAGAGGUUGUUAGGGGGAAGAGACAAUUUGUGAGUGCGUAAGGGCAGAAAAAAAAAAAAAAAGAAAUUUGGGAAUUUAGGGGGUGCCCGGUACCAAAAAAGGUAAUGCUUUCGGGUUGGUCCCCCGCCCGUUAAUUGGCGCCGGGCAUUAUUUCGGGAAAUACGGUAUUUUCCCGCAUUUUGAAAAAAAAAAAAAACGUGCCUCGGGAAAACAAAUCGGAACGCGAGCACUUGCGCCCCCUUUUUAAGUCCCUGUCCUUUUUACGCAAAACCGUCCGAAAAAAAUUCCGCAGAGUGAUCUUCGCGAAAAACAAAAUGAGUUAUUUUUGUUUUAAAUCGUCCACAGGUUCUUUAGUGGAAGACACAAUUGUCAGUAAAGUACGAGUCAUGGAUAUGCUCGCACUCUAUUUGGACAGAUCCGUCUGCCCAGGAUCCCGAGAUGUUCCACUAACCCAGCGAUGGGAGCAUCUAGCAGACGUGUUUAAAGUGCCAGAAGAAAAAAAGAGGCAAUGUGAAAACUUCACUGGAACCCUGAGUCCAAGUGAAAAUAUGUUUAACUAUUUAUGCGUAACAAAUGAUUCCUUGACCAUCAAAACGAUAAAAGAGAAACUCAAGGAGAUAAGAAGAAAUGACAUCGUGGCUAAGUUGCAAAAAAAUAAACUUCUUAGGGGUAAGACAUUCACCAAUCCAUGUCUACUUUAUCUUUACUUGGCUCAGUAAUCAUAUCAAUAUUUAUAAACCGCAAAAACCCGGUAAGAAGCUCUUGGGCACAUAGAAUUUUGUAUUAAAGGUUUGGGUGGGCUGAUAUCUGCGGGGGGAGCCUACAGAGCCGUAGCUAGCGAGGGACAAGGAGGGCAGCUGCCCCCUCUGGACCUGUUGAGCCAGACACAUCAAGUCUUUGGAUGGAUUUGUUUUCUUUAGACUCGGUUAUUUUGAUUAUAGUGACUUGCAAUUGUUUGCCAGUUUCAUUAUUCGAGGUCGAUUUUUCAGAGACAUAUCUUAUGACAAGUGCUGAAAAUAGCGUUUCGGAGCCUCCAAAUUUGAAAAAUUUUAUUCCCCAGACCCCCCUACGAGGCUCGUGCCUUCGGCACUCGAAAUAAUGCCCCCCACCUCCCUACCGUUAAAAAAAACCUAGCUACGGCCCUGGCUUAUAUUCGUGGGGGACUAAUAACCGGAAUAAAAUGUCUUCGUUAGCGUUCUGUCUCGAUAAACCAAGUACAAGACCACACAACAAAGGAGAUCAUUACUGCAAUUUUAAGUUACAGUCAACUCUCGCUUAUAGACCGGCCUUUGCGACCGGCACUAAGUGAGGUCCUUUUACGAGUAAUGUCCGUCCUAUAGAGAGCCAAGUAAAAGGAGUAAAGAAAGCAGGGACUAACUCGAGGUGUCCGGGUUAUCGAAGUUCACGUUAAGAGAGAGCGGACUGUAAUUCACCUUUUUCCAUAGCUUUUAAAAGAUACGGGUGGAAAUCAUUCAAAUCAAAUAGUACCUUGAACACCAAAAUUGUGAUGAACGUGCUCAGUUCACAUGCCAGGAACCUCUACAGGUCUCUAAGCUCAUUGGGAAGAGCAUUCAAAAUAGUCACUGGAGAGGAUUUUUAAGUUCUCCAGACUCCUGAUCAAUUUGGAGAACUCCACUGAGUUCAGGGGGGGGGGGGGGGGGGGGAGUUUGCCGGGUUGUUUUUGCGGGGGUGGUGGGCCCCCCUCCGGGUAACCCCCUCCACUUUGAUGUAUUUUUUUGGGGAUGCGUCAGCGCUCAUACUUUCAUUUUUUUUGUUUUCAACAGGUUAGUUUAAGUCUAUCAUAAUCCACCAUUUUUCUUUUUUGUCUUUUUAGCGAGUUACACCUAAAGGGGGGGGGGGGGGAGGGGGGGUAACGUACUUGGGUUAAUUUUUGCUGGGUAGGUGCCGCUGCCCUCUGAGAGCCCCUACUCCAUUAUAGUCUAUUUUGUGGCAAGUGAUAGACCCUAUCUUAGUCACUUUUACUUUUGGGAAAAUGUAAUUGUCGCGUUUCCAACUUAGUCACUUUCUAUUUAUGCAUCUACGAGCUAUACAAGCAUUCUGGUUAAUAUUUACAAACGUAUCGUCAUAACUAGUUGAAAAUGAAAACAUUCUUCUUUAAAUGGGAACGUUGUAUUAGAGUGUUAAAUAUGGAUAAAAUCAAUUUGAUUAUAACAAAAUUAGAGAUGAGAAGAUUCCUAAAUCCCAAUGACAUAGAUUUUCUUACCCCAAAAAUCUGAAAAUGUGCGACCCCAUUCUAGUAACUAUUGAAAAUGCAACCCCAUUAUAGUCAAUCCAGUCGUAAAAAUGCGACCGUAUCCAGCGGCACAUCCCCAGAAGCCUAUUUUUGGAAGUACCCCCUCCCCCCGGCCACAGAGUUGCCAUUUUCAGUACUCUUUUCAAUAGAGAUGCAAUGGCGUAUUGUGUGUCAAUUGAUCCACUAUUUUUUCUAUCCAAAAAAAGACGAGCUUACGUGUUUUACUUUCCAAUUUAAGAUAACCAUACAGUGGCAGAUCUCUGUGAAAACCAUCCCGACACGUUGAGUAUCGUGUGUCUCUAUUUGGACUACGAGCGCACCUUCGGUACCUGGCAGGACCUAGGGAUCAAGUUAGGUAUUACUGGUGGGACCCUAUGGACAUUUAAAAACCCUUGUGGUGCGGACAGUCCGUCCACGACACUUUUGAAGAAGAUUGAGACUAUGAAACCAGGACUGCGUAUAUCGACAUUAGAGGCUGCCUUUGGCGAAGACCAGUUAAACCUGCCUGCCGUAGUAAAAGUUCUAAGCGUUCUCGAAGGUAGGUAAAAAUGAAAUGGCAGAGCUCGUUGUUGCCCGGUUAGCAACAGCGAAAAAUGACGUUACGCUCCUAGAAAAUGCAGUUUGUUUGCCCAUGAAACAAAAGAACCUCUUCAAUACCUAUCUGUAGGUUUGUGGAGAAAUGGAAUUUGACCAGGAUCAGAAGUUUUUAGGAGAGAGGAAGCUAGAGUAUGUACAAGACCGAGAAUCAGUUAUUAGGUUGGUGUUGUUUCAGCUCACCGGGAAGUCGGAUUUUAUUUUUUUAUUACGGUAGCACCAACCGCCGAGAACAUCUAAAAAAUUCGUUGUGUAACUGAGAGUACGCCAAAAAAAUCCCAAAUUUUGCAGAGAAACCACUCGGCUGCGGCUUGUGCUUGCAUUUCACUUUUUAAAAGUUUGACGCCAUUUCUAUGGUCGAUAAGAUUGUCGGUUUUUUUUUUAAUAUAGAAAUAGAAUUUAGUUAAGAGAAAUAUACUUAACUUUACUGUUUGUAGAUGGAAGUACAAUUGAGACCUUGUUGGACAACGAAGAAGUUUUAGAUAAAGUAACGGCCUUGCUGGACAGGAAGGACAACUUUUGGUACCCCUUGGGUCGGAAGUUUGGAAUUGAAAGGAAAGAGCUUGAUUAUUUGAAGCCCGAACCAAUCGCCAGCCCAACAAAAAUGAUGAUGAGAUUCAUCGUUGGUGACCAACCACUCCUCAGCAUGAAAACUUUUUUGGAAGCUCUGGCAAAGAUCAAUCGCUUUGACGUCAUCAAGGAAAUGAAAAAAUUCUUUUACGGUGAGUGA